AUGGAAUUAGAAUUUCAAAGAAGUUCAAAAUAAUACCCUGUUGAAAGUUCUAAAGAAAAAUAAAAAUAAAGUAACCAUGUUUCAAAGUAUGGAAAUAAAAACACACCAAGUAAUAAAUGUGCAAUAUUUGUUUUUAAAGAUUAGAAAAUAAAAUUUAGAUUUCCUCUUAUAGAUGAAAAAAGUUGUGAUUUUAGAUCAGUACAAUAAGAAACAUUAGGAGGUCACCCAUAAAUUAAACAUGCUUAGAAACCAAAUUUGCAAUAGAAUAAUUCCAUAAAAAUGGAAGAAGAAAAUAAAGAGAAUGUAAAUAUCCUUUUAGAGACCCCUUUUUAUGAAGUAAAUAAAAUUGACACAUUCAAAAUAUUUAAUCAAAAUUACUAAAAUAAAUUGCAUGAACAAUGA